AUGGCCAACGGCACAAAGGGACUGAUGGCACCAUCCGAGAGUCAUGAUGUCAAUUUUUAUAAUCUACAGAAGAAUGCAAUAAUCAUAUACAUGAUUUACUGUGUUUGUGCCGUCGGACUUCUUGUUCUUUUCUUUAUUCCUGCACUAUUUCUUCGGGGCGGGAGCCGUGAACGACGCUCUCAGAACUGUGGUUUGGUGGUCACUGCCUCAACUGCUGCAUGGCUCGCCCUUUUGUUCGCUUGCAAGCCAAUCGACGCAGCGUGGGACCUUCGACUGUCUGGAGAAGCUCAAUGUAUUGAUCGCUAUCCAUUCCAUAUACUACAAGCGGGCAGUGGGGCUGUGGCAGAUGUUAUUGUUAUGGCUGUCAUGUUGUACCAUUGCCUCUCGCCUCGGCACUCGUGGAAGGAUAAAGCGGUUCUCCUUACACACUUCAGCAGUGGCCUACUUCUGCCAAUCCCUGCUGUGGCCCGGCUUGCCAUCUUGGCUACUGCACGCGAAGACCCUGACACGACGUUUGUGUUGGCCCCGGCUAUCCUCUGCUUCAUCAUUGAGGCCAACCUCGUCAUCAUGUACAAUCCAAUACCAGACUUCAAAAGGUUUGUCAGGAUGUCUGGGAAUCCAUCGUCCCCGGUGAAUGGUACAAUGGACGGCCGUCAAGGCGGUAUGCUUCAGGGAAGCAACUCAAUCCUAGGUGGUGAUGAGCAAAUGGACUCAGAGGAUUCGGGAAUCAACGCUGAGCAUAAUGCUGAUAACAACAUAGCAUCCCGUGUCCCUUGUCCUGGAGAAAAGCAGUGCCAUGUCGCAUCUAGUCUAGGAAGUCCCGGCGGCCCCAUGGAAGUUGAUUGA